CUGGUACAGCGCCAGUCGAGUGCUGUUCAUUUGGGAGCCCGCCCACGUGUUCUCGCCACUUUGCCUUCACUUCAUCCGCCGGGCUAAUCUGUAAAACAUCUCCUUUCGCGCAUUGUCUCCUAGUACUGCCGGUUCAGUUUAUCCGAAACUUUAUCCGAUAUUAUCCGGGUUAUCCAGCCCGCUUAAUCCAAUGGCGUGCAAUAGUGUUAUUUUGAUUGCACUGUGCUUGGGUUUGGUGCAUUGUUACAGCCAGUACAGUUUCGAAAGUCAUAAAUAUUGUGAUGACCUGUCGCCGUAUUAUGGAAAUAUUAGUUUGGACCAAAUAGCUGGUAUUUGGUAUGGCGUAGAAAAAAUACCGCACACCAGAGGAGAAUAUAAAAUAGAGCAUACACAGGAAUGUUUUUACAUUGACAUAAAGGAGAUAAACAUUGAGCCUACUCCGCCGACGCCGUACCCUCAGCUUACGAACUCACCGUACGUGAACCGUCAGUACAACAUGCACGAGCCGUACCGCAUCAGACACUUCGUCCUGGAGUGGCACGAGGGUAUCUGGCAAGACGACUACCACAUUAAGGUCAACACCUCCCACAAAGGAUUCUGGGCCACCGAUGUUCCUAAUAGAUCUGUCGGCGACAUGUACAGAUUCUUCGGCGGUGUCAUCCAAGUAUUGAAAGUGGCUAACAACCACCUGGUGCUGAACUUCUGCAUGCGGCUGCCCAGCUCACAGCUGUUUAGCGUCGUGCUUUCCAGAAAUGAGAACCAGCUGACCCCCGAAGACCUGGCCAGCAUCCACAACGUGUUCACUCUGAAGCAUCUCUCCACAUCGGCCCUUAAAAGGGUCUGUGAAAACUCAGCGUCGAGCAUAACUAUAUCGACUUUACUACUCUUUAUAGUUACUUAUACGAUUUGGGGAUCCCACAUGUAAAAUAUUCAAUUUUAUAAGUACGUAUAGUAUUCAGAGAUAAAACUAUUAAUAUUGAUAUAUUUUUGUAUGAAAAAAGAGAAAUAAAUUAUUUAUUAUGUA